CCUUCCAUAGUCAAAGUACCCUGCAAUUGGUAAAGAUAGGAAUUGCUUCAAGAUGAGGCCAUGCAUCCAAGAUAAGCAAAGAAAUACUAAACCCCAGAGGGAGAUCUUGCGGCUGAUGGAUCUAACAAAGCAACCGUUUACCCUUUUUGUUUUCUAUAGUAUCCUUUUCUCCCACAAUCUCCAGAUUCUUUCUUUCUAGUACAAUAUGUAGUAGUGGCCCUUUUCCUUAUCUGAUAACCACCCCAUUCCCCUGGAAAUUUGAAACAGAACCACGACAGUCUUCCCAAUGCUGAUUAUACCAAACCCAUGGAUUUUCUUGGUGGUCGUUCUUUCCAACUCUUUCCUCUGGCUUUCAUUUGCUUGCACAUUCACCGUUACCAACAAUUGUCCAUACACUAUUUGGCCAGGCACCCUUGCCGGUGCAGGGACGCCGCAACUCCCAACAACAGGGUUCCGGUUGGAUUCUGGCCAAAGCGUCAAUAUUCCGACAACUGUGGGGUGGUCAGGGAGGAUAUGGGCUAGGACAGGGUGCCAAUUUGAUGGGUUUGGGAUGGGUAAAUGCCAAACAGGGGAUUGUGCAGGGAGGCUGGAGUGCAAAGGAAUGGGCGCCACACCGCCAGCAUCUCUCUUUGAGAUAACACUUGGAGCCGGCGAUGGAAAAGACUUCUAUGAUGUCAGCCUCGUUGAUGGAUACAAUAUACCUCUUGUUGCCACCCCACGAGGGGUUAGUGGGGAGUGCAAUGCAACCGGCUGUGUUUCUGACAUCAACAUGGGUUGCCCAAAAGAGCUUCAGGUGGUGGACAGCGGAGAUCUUGGCAGCUUAGAGGAAACUAGCGGAGGAGGAGGAGGAGUGGUUGCAUGCAAGAGUGCGUGCGGCGCAUUUGGGUUGGCCGAAUACUGCUGCAGUGGGGAGUUUGCUAACCCAACUACGUGCAGGCCAUCUUUUUAUUCCACUAUUUUCAAGAGAGCUUGUCCCACAGCUUAUAGCUAUGCUUUUGAUGAUGGCACCAGCACUUUCACUUGCAAGGCUUUCGAUUAUACCAUCAUCUUCUGCCCCAGUUUCCCCGGGACGGGGAGAUCAAAUGGUUCAACACCAGCUCCACCAACAUUAAUACAGAAUCAACGCAGUAAUGGAAAGAUCACAGACAUGGUUUCCACCUCAAUUAACAUUCGAUUGCCAAAUCUCUUCAUGUUGACAAUAUCCAUUUUCAUCGCCUUGAAUUUGUUCUUCUAAGACAUUUCGAUCUCUUUGGGAGGAAAGAGCAGAGAAGAUGGCAGGCAUGCAGACUUCCAUAUCUUCACUGUAUCCCGCGCGUGCAUUGUUCCGAGAGUGAUUCCACCCUUUGAAGCAGUUAAUUUUUUUUAUUUUUUAUCUUCAUAUUCAUUUUAGAAAGUCCGUGCACACAGAUUUCGGUACACAAAUUUGGACACAGAUGUAUCUAGAAUCAUUCAACGCACUUGAGCUUCACAAAAUGAUUAGGAAUAGGAAUCCCAUAAUCUUGAGGCAGUUACACUAGAGGGCUAUAGGUUUGUUGAUGACUAAUGGGUUCAUUAACAUUUAUGUAAGUUGCAUAUUUGUCUUCUAUCUUUCUGCAUACUAAAAUAUUGGUGGAAUAUAAUUU